CCCCCCACCUCCAAAACUGUCACACGUGUACUCUCGCUUCAGUUAAAGCUGGCUCCUGAGCCGCUCCGACUCCUGUUUGUUUCAUUAGCUCCUCGGUUCUUUCACGGUGGAAGGGAGGUGAUUCUCUCCGCCGCCAUUUUUGGGGAACUGCUUAUUCGUAAAGAAACUUUGCUAGCUGCUUCCUAACGUUAGCAGCUAGCUGGUUGGCCAGUACCCUGCCUGCCUUCCCUGCAGCUCGUUGUGACAGUUUAAGCUUGGCAGUCAGUCGUUAUCCAGCUCAGCUCUUUGCUUCGCUUUCAUAUAAAUAUUUAUUAUUUUCACUUGCUGACGAAAAUCGGUUAUUGCUAAGGAGAAUAAUCGGGCUGGGCAGAAUGACCGUCUGUAUUUGGGUAGGGCAAUUAUGCGGUUAGAUUAGCGAAUUAGCAUUGCUAACUUAUCGGCUAGCGAAUUCCGCACUCUGAUUUACCAGUGAUUUGCCCGGAUUGCUCUGCCUGCCCGUGAUUUAGCCACAGACACUUUGCCCUGCUCUGUUCCCGAGUAACCGGAUUAAGCAGCCGUUCAUACCCCCGCUUCAUCUCAACCUGUGUGGAUCCAUUUUUCUUUUCUUGACAAGGCGCCCAUGUACUGGUUCCUUAGGGUCAUCGAUUACCGCAGAUGAAUCUUCAGCUGCUUUGCCAUAGCUCAGCAGCCAGAUAGUCCCAUCGCCUUUGCGUGGGUGAUAAGGGACUACAUUAACCAGGAUGCCCUCCUCCGUAAGGGCAGGGAGCCUCAAGGAUCCGGAGGUGGCUGAGCUUUUCUUCAAAGAAGAUCCAGAGAAGCUUUUCUCUGACCUCCGAGAAAUUGGCCAUGGCAGCUUUGGCGCCGUCUACUUUGCACGGGAUGUGCGCACAAACGAGGUGGUGGCAAUUAAAAAGAUGUCCUACAGUGGCAAACAGUCUAAUGAGAAAUGGCAGGACAUCAUAAAGGAGGUGAAGUUCCUCCAAAGGAUCCGGCACCCCAACAGUAUAGAAUAUAAAGGAUGUUACCUCCGUGAGCACACAGCAUGGCUGGUGAUGGAGUACUGUCUUGGCUCGGCCUCUGACCUGCUAGAAGUUCAUAAAAAACCUUUACAAGAAGUUGAGAUUGCUGCCAUCACACAUGGUGCUCUGCAGGGGCUGGCCUACCUUCAUUCCCAUAAUAUGAUCCACAGGGAUGUGAAAGCUGGCAACAUCCUGCUGACUGAGCCUGGCCAAGUCAAACUGGCAGAUUUUGGCUCUGCCUCCAUUGCCUCACCUGCCAACUCUUUUGUGGGAACGCCAUAUUGGAUGGCCCCAGAGGUGAUUCUAGCUAUGGAUGAAGGCCAGUAUGAUGGAAAGGUGGACGUCUGGUCCUUAGGGAUUACCUGUAUAGAAUUAGCGGAGAGGAAGCCUCCCUUGUUUAACAUGAAUGCAAUGAGUGCCUUAUACCACAUAGCGCAGAAUGAGAGCCCCACGCUGCAGUCCAGUGAAUGGUCAGAAGAUUUUAGAAACUUUAUCGAUUCUUGCCUUCAGAAAAUCCCCCAGGACCGACCGCACUCUGACGACAUGUUGGGUCACGAGUUUCUGCAACGUGAGCGUCCAGACUCUGUGCUGAUGGACCUCAUUCAGAGAACCAAGGAUGCCGUACGAGAGCUGGAUAACCUGCAGUACCGAAAGAUGAAGAAGAUCCUCCUUCAGGAGGCCCACAAUGGGCCCACUUCAGAAGCCCAGGAUGCAGACGAGGACCUGGAGCCUGGUGGAGGUCGGACAGGAACGGUGAACAGCGUUGGCAGUAAUCAGUCCAUCCCCAGCAUGUCUAUCAGCGCUAGCUCCCAGAGCAGCUCUGUCAACAGCCUGAAUGAAGCAGCCCAGGACAGCCGCAGUGAGCUGGACCUAAUGGAAGGAGAUCACACAGUCAUGUCCAACAGCUCAGUCAUACACCUCAAACCGGAGGAAGAAGAGAGUCUCUCUUUGGAACAAGUGGCCACCAGUGAGCCCACUGAGCCCCAGCCAACACCAGCUCAGGCCCCGAGGAAGCACUACCGCAACAGAGAGCACUUUGCCACUAUACGCACAGCAUCACUUGUGACACGUGAGAUGCAAGAACACGAGCAGGACUCGGAGCUGAGGGAGCAGAUGUCAGGAUACAAACGCAUGAGGCGGCAACAUCAGAAGCACCUACUGGCCCUGGAGAACAAGCUGAAAGGGGAAAUGGAUGAGCACAGGCUGAGGCUGGACAAAGAGCUGGAGAGUCAGAGGAACAACUUCACCCAGGAGAUGGAGAAGCUGCUUAAAAAGCACCAAGCGGCCCUGGAAAAAGACCUGAAGACGUUUGCCAACGAUGAGAAGAAGUUCCAGCAGCACAUUCAGGUUCAGCAGAAGAAGGAGCUCAGCAGCUUCUUGGAGUCGCAAAAGCGGGAAUAUAAACUACGCAAAGAGCAGCUCAAAGAGGAGCUGAGUGAGAACCAGUCAACUCCCAAAAAAGAGAAGCAGGAGUGGCUGUCCAAGCAGAAAGAGAACAUCCAACACUUCCAGGCUGAGGAGGAGGCUAACCUGCUGAGGAGACAGAGGCAGUAUCUGGAGCUGGAGUGUAGGCGGUUCAAACGCAGGAUCCUCAUCGCCAGACACAAUGUGGAGCAGGACCUGGCCAGAGAGGAGCUGAACAAACGUCAAACACAGAAGGAUCUGGAGCAUGCAAUGCUGCUGAGGCAUCACGAGUCCAUGCAGGAGCUGGAGUUCAGGCAUCUGGCAACAAUCCAGAAGGCCCGGGCAGAGCUGAUACGCACCCAGCACCAGACAGAGCUCACCAACCAGCUGGAGUACAAUAAGAGGAGGGAGAGGGAGCUGAGGCGCAAGCAUGUCAUGGAGGUCCGGCAGCAGCCCAAAAGCCUGAAGUCUAAGGAGCUUCAGAUUAAGAAGCAGUUUCAGGAGACCUGCAAAACGCAGACUCGACAGUACAAGGCCCUCAGGAACCAUCUGCUCGAGACAACACCCAAGUCCGACCACAAGGCUGUCCUAAAGAGGCUGAAGGAGGAGCAGACUAGGAAGCUGGCCAUCCUCGCCGAGCAGUAUGACCACUCCAUCAAUGAAAUGCUCUCCACACAGGCUCUGCGGUUGGAUGAAGCUCAGGAGGCGGAGUGUCAGGUGCUGAGGAUGCAGCUGCAGCAGGAGCUUGAGCUGCUCAAUGCUUACCAGAGCAAAAUCAAGAUGCAGACAGACGCACAGCACGACAAGGAGAGAAGGGAGCUGGAGCAGAGGGUGUCUCUGCGGCGGGCUCUGCUGGAGCAGAAAAUCGAGGAGGAAAUGCUUUCCCUUCAAAACGAGCGUCUGGAGCGAAUCCGCUCACUGCUGGAGCGCCAGGCCCGAGAGAUCGAGGCUUUUGACUCGGAGUCCAUGCGACUGGGCUUCAGCAACAUGGUGCUCACUAACCUGGCUCCCGAUUCUCAGGGAGGCUGGGGAGGAGGAGGAGGAGGCCAGGGGGCUCAGGGGGGAGGCCACUGGCCGGGAGGAGGUGGAGGAAGCAGUCACCAUAGUCAUCACCAGGGGGGCUCCAGCUCACAGCAGUCCUGGGGUCACCCCAUGCUGGCUGGGGGCCCACCACCCUGGAGCCUCCACCACCCUGGUGGGGGUAGUCAGAGGGGUAGCCAAGGAGGUGCGGGAGGGGUGAGGAACAGCCCGCAGGCUAUGAGGAGGACGUCAUCAGGGGGGAGGAGUGAACAGGGCAUGAGCAGGAGCGCCAGCAUCACCUCUCAGAUCUCCAAUGGAUCCCACCUGUCAUACACCUAAAAUACACACACACACACACACACACACACAAAAAUUGUCUUAAAGCUAAUAUCUCGCUCCGAGAUAACUGUACACAGACACACAUCACGCACAUACCACAGUACAUCUCGCACUGCACAGUACUGAGGCUGGGUUUACCUGAGCCCAGCCGCUCUCCUGUCACCACUGUUCUACAUCAGUGUACUGCUAGCAGCAGUCUGUGGAAACCCAGAAGACUUGAGACUAAUAAGAUACCCGAGGGCCAUUUACAGUAGUGCAAUAGUAGUUUUUUUGUUGUUUUUUGUUUUUUUUACUGCAGAAUACACUGCUGUGUGUGUUUGUUACUGCCGUAUUAGUCUCUGUUGCCACAAUCCCAAACUAGUGUGUUAAUUUUCUAUUGAGAGUGGUUUGUUUGCCAUCUUCUGUAUCGCAGUAUUCUGUUUUAAACCCAAGUGGGACCGAUUGUGCACAAAGGUGCUAAGCUUGUCCUUCAAACCAGAUUCAAACUGAUGAAAGUUAAAUUAGAUUAUUUAUGUGUAGUUGGGGGAAGACUAGAGAACGGAAGGACUGUUUCAAGCGACGCUUGACGCAGCUGAGGAAGUAAAUGGACCGAGAAAGAGAGCGAAGGUCGUUGUAAGUGAAUAGCUGUGGGUGUUGCUGACUGUUUAGCUGCAGUGCAGGGGGACAGUUGUGGUGACAGUAUUAAUUCCAGCUCCAAAGCUAAUCCAGCUGACUUGACGUAGAAGUUUUAGCAAGAUCAUUUUCAUGGAAAACAAAGCUGCGUACGUUCUGGUGCAAGUGCCAUGCAGGUUUCUUGAGGACCGUGAGCCCAGCUGCCAAAGGUAAAGGUGCAGAGUUGGAUUUGUCGUUAUAGCUACUCAUGCCAACAAUACUGUGGUGUAAUGAAACACAUUGUGCCAGAGAAAGGCAGUUCAGUGGACAUUAAUGCCACGUGGCCAAAGGAGCCACUUGUCCUUCGUGUUCAGCUCUGUUAUCUCAGCUCUUGGGUUUCCACAGGCCUCUGGCCUUCACUCACACCUGCUCAGUGGAAGGCCAGUCUGAAGGGCACUUGGAUCCUUAUUAGUCUGCAGGCCCUAUGACAGAGAUGGGUUUUCAGCAGCACCUAACCUCAACUUUGAACAGUUUCAAAACUGGUGUUCACUCAUCACUUGUUUGCAAUACAAUUUCAAUCUGAUUUGGCACCAUUUUAGUGAUGCACUAUGCAGUUAGAAACAACAACAACAAGAAAAGAGAAAAAAAUGACACAAGCCUUUUGGCCCACCUCAAGAACACUCAAGUUAGAGCCUUGAAUGUCUUGAUUUGCACUUUGGCGUAGGCUUUCACCCACUCUUAAUUGUUAAUCGGACACAUUUACACAAACAUGUAGUGGCUAUUCAUUUUAUUCGCCCAGGCAAACAUUACGUAAGCCUGGUUUUUAAAUGCAUGUGCGUUGAAAAUAGCACACUUAGCCUUUGUGAGCUGAGUUGGAUGUAAAUUGGCAACACAGUCAGCAGCAGCAGGCAAAUUUAUUAAUGUAUAAAAACGUCCGUGAAGCUUUGGGAAGUAUUAUUAUUCACAGUUGCCCGAAAUGCCUUUUUGUUAUUUCUUUGUUAUUUUCUUUAUUUUAUUUUUUUUAAAACCUUAUAAGACCCUACAGUGAAAACAAAUGAACACAGAGUGAGGAGGAGCUUCACUAGCCCUCAGCUUGGUUGGUGACUGCUGAACGUUUUUGAAGAGUGGAUGGGUGGUGAUGCUGGGAUCUCCGCUGCCAUGCCCCUGCAACCUUCCCCGGUCUGACACCCCGCUCUGUCUCACCCCUGAUGACCACAAUGUCACAUUCUGACCACCGAUCUUGUCCCCCAGCAUCCCUCUGCCUACGUUUCCUCCCCUCUGGAGCCUCCUUUUUGUUUUGGUUUUUUUGGUCUUCGCUCGCCUCCUUGAUCUUUGUGGAAUGAGCUCUCUCAAGUAAAACAAAAGAAGAAAGAAAUAUAUGUAAAUGUUAUAAAUCUAUUAAGAAGGAUUAUAGAGAUGUAAAGCUAAAGGUGGAAAGUGUUAUUGUGAAACAGAGUUUAUGCAUUAUAUGUUGCUGCAGAGGUGGAAUGUACAGGAAAAGCGUGUUAAUAUUGUAUAUUUUGAAUCUGAACAUGUGGAGAUCGAAUCAACAAAUCAAAGACGAGUUAACUUGCGAUGCAGGAACAGCGGUGCGUGGCUUUAGAGCGGCGGCAUAAACGAUGGAUCGAUUUGCAGAUGGAUCGAUUCGCGGCUGCUGAGUUUUUCACUGUCUUAUUUGCAGCUGCGAGUUCUCGAACUUGUUACAGAUAUGCUGUUGUGAAUGAUAACAACACAACUGUAGGUCAGAUUGCCUCGAGUAAACGGCAACACUUUGUUUUGUAGUGUAUGAGGAUGAUUUUGCACAUAAUUUGAAAACUAGUUAGGUGGAGCCUUUGCUUGAGCAUUGGCUAUGUGUUACUGACAUUGUACCCCAUAGUGAAGACUCAGCCUCUCUGCUUCAUAUCUUAUAACAUGUGAGGGGAAAAAGUCUUUUUAAAGAUUUAUUUAAGGAAAAAAAAAGAAGUGUUAAAAUCUGAAAUGGCUAAAAUUGUUUCCAGAUUCUUGCUGUAGACAGUAAACAUUUUUGAAAAGCAGUACUCUAGGUCUUGUAGGGUCCACUGACCUUACAUUUUCUGAUCUGCACCAAGAGCCCUGUUUGUUUAUGGUUCGACACAAACAAUUUUCACACUGCACUUAAUGAUUUGCCUUUGGUGUGUGGGGGGGAAAGUACCAACCUGUACUCAAUAGUUUGAAUCUCUUUUUUGGCUCAGAAACAAAGCGCCAGUAUGCCAUUGUACCAACUUUCCCCCCAGGUCUUUAGUGUUUUUAUGCCAGAAGGGGUGUUUUUAAUUUCCAGAUGAUGUCUGCAGAGGGCCAAACGAGUGGUGGACUUUUAGACCUUCUCUUGUGUUUACUAGAACUCCCAGGUGUUUUGCGAGGCAGUCUACCUUUAGACUUCGGUCACUCUGAACUGGAUCAGUUGCACUGAUUGCACAAGUGACUGACCAGAUUAAAGAGUCUACUGUGAUCCACCCCCCCAACUCUCAGUGUUGGGGUUGGGGGAGGAGGUGACUGCCAUUGCUGAAAGUAGGUGGGAGGCAGGCUUAUGUCUCUGUACAGUCUGUUUUAUCAGUAUUCCUUUUAUCUCCUGUCAUUUGGUGGAUCUUGCUGUUUUAUUCUCCCUGGUCCAGAGAUCUGUAUUAAACUGUAUCAAAUGUAUAGAUUGUGCAGAAAGCUGAAUGUUGCAUAGCAGAAGAGAAAAGAUAUUCCUUACAGAUGACAAAGUAAAAUGUAUAAAUGAAACUCAAAGGCAAAGUUUAGGGGAUAAAUGUAAUAUUUUGUUUGUAAUUACUAUUUUUUGUUGGAAGAGGGCUACUGGAUAAAGAAUCAU